AACAAAAUGAGUAAUGACACCACAUCUAGCGAUGUCAUCACUUCACCUUCGCCAGAAGAAGCGGAAAAUAUGGUCAAGCGUAUGUCUAUCAGCGGCCCUCCUUUGACAGAUCCCAAAACUGGUCAGCCGCUUCCCAAAGAUGACAAGGUGUUAAAGAUUGCAACUUUCUCCUUGCAGAAAUAUCUAAAGGAACCAGAGUUUGCAAGGGAAUUUUUAGAACGCGGUGGAUUACAGUCACUCUGCGAUAUCAUUAAAACGACCACUGGUAAUACGCUUGCUUACGCCCUCAACUCACUUUCUGCUCUCAUGGAACACAAAUCCGGAUGGGAUACGUUGGAUGAAGACUUUGUUCGAACUAUCGUCGCAAUAGAUGUCUCACAGACCCUAGUUACCGUGUGCAGACCAGCGACAGCCAUCUUGAUAAAAUUGGUCAGCGCCGACAAACUGCCCGGAUCAGGACCAGUCACUUGCUAUGGAUAUAAUUUUGUGCAUCGUUCGUGCAAAGAAGAAACAGAAUUCUUACCGACUUUGGUUCAGCGACUGCAGAGCCCUGACUACCUGCUCUGCCUCAACAGCUUGGAACUAAUCACGACUAUGCUUAAACAUGUGACUGACGAACACAGAGGAGAUCUGACAGAAUCUCUACAGAACUUGAAUGUUCGAAAAUUUGUUAUUCGCUUGAUGAAUGAUCAUCCGUCGGAGGAGCUGACAACGUAUUUAUUGGAUUUUCAAACUGCGUAUACCAAAAACGCUCACAAGCGAAGGAAGACAAUGGUUUCAUUGAGCAAUCCUCGUCACGCAAGGCUACUGAAUGAUAUCUGGCAGGCCGCCAACAUCGAAAACGUUGAAGUAAUGGGUGCUCGCAAGUGGAAGAAGAUUGGGUUUUCGACGGAAAUACCACAACGAGAAUUUGGACGGACUGGUGUUUUUGGCCUAGAGAACAUGCACAGCUUUGCAGUCAGAGAUAAGGAUACAUUUGCAAAGAUGGUUUUGGAGCAAGUACAUCGGACACAUGAAAGGCGGUGUCCCUUUGCAAGAGCAAGUAUUGAAGUCACAGAUCUUCUCAGUGACUAUUGGAAUGUAUCCUCCAAUGCCAACUUAUCAGACUUUCAGCCUUUGAUGCUUAGCUUCGAUUCAGUUCACCAUACAACUUUGCAUCUAUUCUUUCGAAUCUUUCAUGAUAUGGAGGCGACAACGUAUGAUUUCUCAAAGGUUUCAGCUCUGGUUCGCAGCCAGAUCAGAUAUGCAUUGAAAAACGAAGGUGUAAAGACCAUUUUUGAAUUCGACAAAGUGAUGUUGGAGACUCCAUACGAUGUAAUUCGUGACAGAAGACUUAAGGAACUUGAAUGGGCUGACGAUCUUCUUGGUCGUGAGGCGAUAAGAAAUCUUCGCCAACGGUUAUAUAAGGAGUCAUACGAAUUCGUUAAGCAACAGCGCAUAGAUUGUUUGAUGCAAGGUGCAUGGUUUCCAAUUACAGCAAGAAGCAAUGCUCUGGCGGGAUCAAGCGGGGCACCGGGCAGUACAUCAGACUUAAAUUCUCCAAAUAGCAUAGGAAAUAUCAACAACCCUGCCUUGAUGAAUCCUAGUGUGCUUAUAGGUGGAUCAUCUGGUCAUGCUAUGACCAUUGCUGCCUCUGGUACCGCCCAUUCUGGAUACAGAUGGCGAUACUUUAAGCUGAGUCCCUCCAAAAAGCAAUUGCACUAUGGGGAAUUCACUGAGCGAGUUACAUCGCAGUUGAAGAGCUAUGACAAGCUCACAGAAAAAAUCGAUAUUUCUAGUAUUGCAGAAGUACAGGUGACUAGCAAACAAUCCUCCAUUAUACCCCCAGCCGGUCAAACCACUAUGCUUUCUCCCGGUCAAAUAUCUACUUCAAAUCCUGAAUCGACGCAACAGACUUUUAAUCUUCUUACAUCUUCAAAAGCUGUUAUAGCAGAAUUCAGAUGUAGCUCUACUGCCUUGUUUUCUGAAUGGACGGACGGAUUCAGUUUGUUGCUAGACAAAGGUAUCACUAGCAAAGACACCGCAGAAUACAUUCAUUCUCUGACGGAAAUUGGUGUGAAGGUCAAGUUACUGCAGAUUGCUGGCGAUCGCGUCGAAGUUCCUCAUGGUGGCCUAGAAAUUCCCGUUGUUCAAAAUGGCCUGGGUGAAGGUUACUGGUACCAAGAUGACUAUUCAUUAGGGUCCUUCUAAUUAUUAUCUUCUGUAAUUUUAUAUCACCGUCUUACAACCGGUCAACCUGCCUGCCUUAGAAAUUAAUAAAGUGCAAUCUUAGUGGAAAUAAAAA